UUGAACAGGAGGAUAGCUUUUGAUCAGUGCUCUUCUUUAUAUAUAGUUAACACUUUAAAUUUGUUUAUUGAGGUGAUUGACGAGAUAAGGCAAAUUGAAGACCCAGACAUGGCAAAACGAUCCGAAGGUUUGCUGCUUGUCGUGUUAAUAACCUGCUGUGUUUUGAUGUCGUUGUCGAACGCUAAGCGGAGACCAAAGUCAGAUCGGUGCCUAAAAAUACGUCACGGGAAAAAUUGCACAGACCAGGAUGACAAGAAUAUCACUGAAUGUUGUCUUAAGAAAUAUAAACUGGGCUUUGACGUUUUGCCGUCCAGCUUUAAUCCCUCUGUCGAAGACCCGCCAUCUUGUGCCCUUGACGUGGGUUUGGCUCAAUGCCUCCAGGACAGCAAAUGCUUCCGCAAACCGUUAACCAGAAACCUUCGCCUUCUCAUGUUCAACCAACUGAUUUUCACCAACAGAACAGGACUGUGUACCCGAAAAAACUUUAAAGAACUCUUAGAAGAAGCUAAGACAAAAUCCGGUGCAGAGUUCCUCCAGAAGUUGCAGGCAAUCGAGGAAAUGAAUGGAUUUGACCGUGAAAUUUGCGCUAAAGAAGUGUAUGGGAGAUGUGGCAGUCAAUUCAGCAAAAAAUUAAAGACUAACCCAGGAUACGAUGUACUUAAACUGUGCAGAGUGUUUGCUGAAGAAGGGAGUUGCACAACCACAGAAGCUGAGAAUUUUAAUUGUAAAGAAUCCCGACUCCUCAAACGGUUCAAAGAAAAUUCCCUUAAAGCAGCUUCGGUGGUUUUAAAAGAAAUUUGUCCUUCACCCUGAGGAAAACUCGUCGGUUAUUGAGCUAAGAGAGUUCUGAAAAUAUUAAAUACAAUUUUAGUUCAGCCAAAAUAGUAUCCUCUUAUUGAUAAUGAUAAAGUAAUCACGGUAAUGAUAUCAAUACUAAUGACAACAACAACAAUCACAGCAACACUAAUGACGACGAUAACAGUCAUGAUUGUAUUCAGGGUAGGAUAACAAUGAAACACUCAGCCCUAUUAAUGGCCACACAGAGGUAAUAUUGAAUCAAUUUUUUUGCAGCAUCGCUGGAAAUUAGCUCUAAAUAUGCUUUCUAAAUGUAGUUAUUGCAGCAUGUACCUAGCUCAGUCGUGAACGCAAUAAAUCGAUGAUUACAACACUAA